AUACAACCGCCCGUUUCACUGUCAAUCUGCGUUCAAUCUCUGUCUCUCUUACGUUCUCAGUUCCAAUCUAUACGCUCAUUCCGGCGCUAUCUCCUCCAAUCAUCAUCAUGGCCUCGCACAAGAAGAUCAAGAUCGGAAUCAACGGGUUCGGAAGGAUUGGUCGUUUGGUUGCCAGGGUUAUUCUUCAGAGAAACGAUGUUGAGCUCGUCGCUGUUAACGAUCCCUUCAUCACCACUGACUACAUGACAUAUAUGUUCAAAUACGACACCGUUCACGGGCACUGGAAGCACACUGACGUGAAGGUCAAGGACUCCAAAACCCUUCUCUUCGGCGAGAAGCCCGUCUCAGUUUUCGGCUUCAGGAACCCAGAAGAGAUCCCAUGGGCCCAGGCUGGAGCCGAUUACGUCGUCGAGUCUACUGGGGUUUUCACCGACAAAGAAAAGGCUGCUGCCCACUUGAAGGGUGGUGCUAAGAAGGUGAUCAUUUCUGCCCCCAGCAAAGAUGCACCCAUGUUUGUUGUGGGUGUGAACGAAAAGGAGUACAAGCCCGACCUUGACAUUGUUUCCAAUGCUAGCUGCACUACCAACUGCCUUGCUCCUCUUGCUAAGGUUAUUAAUGACAGGUUUGGAAUUGUUGAGGGUCUCAUGACCACCGUCCACUCCAUCACCGCCACACAGAAGACUGUUGAUGGCCCCUCAAGCAAGGACUGGAGGGGUGGAAGAGCUGCUUCCUUCAACAUUAUUCCCAGCAGCACCGGAGCUGCAAAGGCUGUUGGAAAAGUUCUUCCGUCACUUAAUGGCAAAUUGACUGGAAUGUCUUUCCGUGUACCCACUGUGGAUGUUUCAGUUGUUGACCUCACUGUCAGGCUUGAGAAGAAGGCAACCUAUCAGGAGAUAAAAGAUGCUAUUAAGGAGGAGUCUGAGGGCAAGCUCAAGGGCAUUUUGGGUUACACCGAGGAUGAUGUGGUGUCUACCGACUUUAUUGGUGACAGCAGGUCUAGCAUUUUUGACGCAAAGGCUGGAAUUGCAUUGAAUGAGGGCUUUGUGAAACUUGUCUCUUGGUAUGACAAUGAGUGGGGCUACAGUACUCGUGUGGUUGACUUGAUUGCCCACAUCGCAUCUGUAUGUUGAAGCUAAACGGAAUAUCCAAGGCUGCUUUCGAUGUGUUUUUUGCGUCUACGGUUUAGUUAUAUGGCUGCACUCCAUUAGGAGUUUGGAAUAAACUUGAGUCUUAUUGGUAUCUUUCUGUUUAACUGCUGAUCUAGGUGGCUUUUGGUCCCCGUUUGAUAUUUUGUUUGGGAGUUGUAGGGAAUUUCCUUUCUUUUUUGUUAAAAGUAAAUGCAUAUUGGAACUUUAUUUCUUGA